ACGCUGAUGACGAUGUCGGAGCCUAUUUCAUCAGUGCUGUUUGCUGGAAAUGAUAGCCCUACACUGUUAACUGCUAAUAGUCAAGGAACUAUUAAGGUGCUAGUACUUGCUGCUUAGCCUACUCCUAAUUUAUUUUCACAGUCUAUUCACUCCCAACUAGGGUUUUUCGCUAUCGCCUCAGAAGCCAAUUCAAAUCCUAACAAUGGCGGAACAGACCGAGAAAGCGUUUUUGAAGCAACCGAAGGUUUUCCUUUCGUCGAAGAAGUCAGGGAAAGGAAAGAGACCGGGAAAAGGAGGAAACAGGUUUUGGAAAAGCAUUGGCUUGGGAUUCAAAACUCCUCGUGAUGCAAUUGAAGGUACAUACAUAGACAAGAAAUGCCCCUUUACUGGCAAUGUUUCUAUCAGAGGUCGUAUCCUUGCUGGUACCUGCCACAGUGCUAAGAUGCAAAGAACCAUCAUUGUUCGGCGCAACUACCUUCACUAUAUCAAAAAGUACCAAAGGUAUGAGAAGAGGCACUCAAAUAUUUCUGCCCACAUUUCACCUUGUUUUCGUGUUAAGGAAGGUGACCAUGUCAUCAUCGGACAGUGCAGGCCUCUAUCAAAGACGGUAAGAUUUAAUGUACUGAAGGUUGUCCCAGCAGGGUCAGCUGCUGGUGGCAAGAAGGCAUUUACUGGCAUGUAAACCAGAUUUUGACCCCAAUUCUAGUUUUUACAAAUUUUAGAAGUAAUCAGAAAACUUUUUUCAUGUACUUUCAUUAAA